AUGGAUACUGGUAUCGUCUUGGAAAAAUCGAAAAAAGAGAGGACGAAGAGCUUUUGUACAUUUUGUGGCAUUCACAGCGCUGUGAAUGUUCUCAAGGCAAAGGAAAAGCGAAAGCCAACUGUCAAAAGUAGCUUCCUUUUUUCGUCCGAGACUUGCUGCCGUGGAAACUUCAGUUGCGAUAGACUAUGUGCCGAGCGGAUUCAGGUUGGUCUGAAAACGGCCAUGCCCAAGGAAGCCUACAAUGCCUGCCUCAAACAUAAAAACAACUAUGUUGCAGUCCUUGAUGCAUUUGCAAACCAAGAGGAUCCCAAAGCCUCUUGUGACUUUCCCAGAGGCGUGUGCUGCCCUUCCUGCUCCAUACUAGACGUCGGCUCUACCGCAGCUGCGGUUGACGAAGCACCAACGACGACGGCUAAUGGCAAAGAGAAACGCAAGAAGAAGAAACGCAAGAGACGCAAGGCUCACGAUGGUGGUAAUGUAUUUGACCAAAUCUAUAAAAUGGAACAGAGAACUACCACCGACUCGACAAAAAAGAAUGCCUUCAGCAAUUCAAGUGUGAACCAAGAGACAAAUAAUGCGCUCCGUGAGCAACUAUUGAAGGAGGUGCAAACGGCCAACAGCAAUCAACCAACGACUCUUGCUGGCAUGGUCUACCUCCAUCACUACCACAUCCUAAUAUCGUCAUGUGUGAUGCUGGAAGUCUUGCAUGCCAUGGGAGACCAAAAGUUCUUUUCCGAAGCAGGUUGCUUGCAUAGCGUUGUUCCCCAUGAUGUGAGCGUCACUGUAGAUGAUGUGAUGAAUCAUGGUGAGAAGAAGGCAAGGGUCCUGCAGAACCAAACAACAGUCCAUUGUCUUGAUCUCGAAGCUAUUGACGGUGAACGUUUCAAAGGGCUUCAAGAAGCCAACCUACAAGUUGAAUGGACUUUGUAUGAAAGGGACGACUCGUCUAUUUGCGAGGUUGACAAGGGCAGUCAUCCAACCAAAGAAGAGUUAUUGACUGCAACCAUAUUUUCGCCUGUUCCCCAAUCCAAGGACACAAACGUGGUGUCCUGUCUACUCCAACCCAAGAACAAGAAAGCAGAUGCCCACGUGGGCGCCAUGAUUCUUGUGAAUAUGUGCGGCAAGCCCAUCCUGGAAGGUGUGGAAGUCUGCCAAGAUUAUUUGUUCAACAAUCUUCUCCCUCUUGCUGGAGAUCACGGGCUUGAGCACAACCGAAAAGGCGGUUCUUCUGGCAAAAUAAAACUAGAUUCGCAGCCUACAAUCUGCCUGCUCAAAAGACCAGGAAAGUUUCCUGUGAGGCGAAGAGCCAUGAUACUGAUUGCUCUAAAUACGCCCAAAGUUACUGGAUUACUUGGCCUGUAUAUGAAGGCCGGUGAAGCAGGGAGAAUAGUGGCUUCGUGGAUCUAUCCAACCCCACAAUAUGGUGGUAGUCUUUCACUUUCCAGCGGUGCCGCUUUGGAAGUUUUGAAUAAAUCCAAGGUCCUUCAAAGACUUCCAGCGUGUCGAGUCAUUGCUGCCAUGAUCUGCCAUGACUACAACAACAACCAAGCCAAUCAGAUCGGAACCGUCAUCCGUGAGGCCGCAAGAAAGCUUCUGGAUGAAUGGCAACACUGUGUUUUCAUGAGCCAGAUUGGUGGCGCCAGAGCGACGAACCAUCACAAGAGACGCCACAACAGAAAUCGGAGGCCUCUGAUCCACAUGGCCACCCAUGCAUUUCACACUUUGGUAGCCCAUCCAGUUGGUGCGCAUCGAGAUGUGUUUGCCAACAAUGGAACUGACUGCAUUGAGAACAAGCUUAUCUUGGUCAGCUCUGACUGGAGCCCAAGGAAGGGAAACCAUCUUGUCAGUCGUGGCCGAGGUGGGUUACCAAGCUUCUUCACCUUUGCAAUCCUAGAUUGGGAUGGCCCAUCCGUCCGCCGCCGCCGCCGUUAUGAGGCACUUGGUGGCCGGGAGGAUAGAAUCACACACCGCAACCCUGAUACCUUCGGAGAGCUCAUAACUACCCAUCUGACUGAGCUUCAGCAAAUGUGGUGGAACAGUAUGAAUGAGAAUCAGCAAGAAGCCUACGUCGAAGGGCUGGCUAUCCCUGGGAUGGUACCACCACCAUUGGGUAACGUGGAAGUCCCAGCUCCAGGUGGACCAGAGGGUUUCAAUAAUUGGCUGCAUGGGAUCCAACAAGCUGAUUGA